AUGUAUUACAAACCUUGCACUUUGGUUUGCUAUAUUCAAGGUUUCAAGCUUGGUCUGUACGCAGCAUAUGGUUUAUGUUCUCGUCAAUUUGUGUUUAGUGUCACGUGGUGUGUUUCACCCACGAUUUUGUCAUGUCUCAACGUCAAUGAUAUUAAGGUGGAUAUGAUCCAGUUAUUUGCAUGCUCUUCUCUUGUCCACUGCUCAACCAUUGAAAAGCAAAAGCUUUUGGUGUCAACUUUUGAAGAAAACUUCAAAGCUGAAACAAUUCUUCUUCUUCUUCUUUCUGAGCCCAUUGUUUAUGUACUUAAACUGGAGGAGUGA